AUGUCACACGCAACUAAUCAAGAAGGGUCUAAUGAUUGGGUUGCUUUGCAACAUAAAACCAUGACAAGAUGGAUAAAUUCCAAGAUAGAGGAAGAAAUUACUGACUUACAGUAUGACUUACUGGAUGGGUUGGUAUUAGUUAAAUUAAUCAAUAAGAUAAUCGUGGAGAUAGCAGAUAAAAAUCCCCAGGCUAAGCUAUAUUCUUUGCAUCCGGUCUAUAAAAAACCAACCUUCAUGCUACAGAAAUAUGAGAACGUUAAUGAUUUUCUUCAAUUCGUCCAAGUUGUGUUAAAGAUCAACAUUUGUAAUAUUAGUGCUGAUAAUAUAGUUGAAGGAAAUCUCAAGCUUAUUUUGGGACUUAUAUGGUCAAUUUUUAUUUUCGCUACCACCAAUUCCAUGCCAAGUUCUAGUGAUGGAACCUCGUUUGUCAAGGUUAAGCAAAUACUCCUUGAGUGGGUGAAUUUAAUCGUUCGUAAAAAGGGCUUAAACCAAGUGACCAAUUUCGAUAGAGACUGGUCGUUGGAGAUAAAUAGACCCGAUUUGAUAUUUCUUGGUAUAUUGGAUUACUACUUACCGAUAGAAGUACCCGUUGAGCCAUACUCCAAAAGGUUACAAAAUAUGAACAAGAUAUUUGAAAUAGCAAAAACAGUGAGCAUACCGCAGUUGGCUGAUUCAGAAGACUUCACUUUAUUUGUUCCCGAAGAGAAAUGUAUCGUUACCUACGUGUUAGAGUGGUUUAAAGUCUUUCAAUUGGGGACUAAGUUUGAUAGCUCCAAAGAUAACAGCACCGAAACUGCUGGAGUCUUCGGCGUGGAGAAUAAAGAUGUAGUUGAGACAGUGAACGAUUUAUCUGAAAAACUACAGGAACCAUGUAUUCCUGUCCACAGCCCUGAACCCUUGAAUGCAAAAAAAAAUAAAGUUGUCCUUGAUAGAUUCAUUGAAACAAUAGUUAGUUCGGCUCGACAGAAACAAAAGUAUGAAAACAAGUCAUUACUUUUAUGUAAUAGAACGAACAUGAUUAUUUCAAAGAUCGUGAGAAACACAUAUUACUUUAACGAUUUUUCUAUCGACUAUCUUAUUGAUUCCUUGGAUGAGUUUUUUACUAUGUUUUCUAACGCUUAUAAUUGCAUGGAUGGGAGCUUCAGUAGUAACAUAAAGAAAGCACUUCACAGGUUUGCGACAAUAAAAAUUAAAUUCAAAAUAUUGAUUGAAAUUUUGGAAGAAUUUGAAAGCUAUAGAUCAGAUACCAAGACCAUGUUAAUGUAUAACAACCUACCUGAGUUAAAGAAAAUAUCGAUGGAUAUACAGAAUAGUUUAAACUCGAUAGGUGUAACUACCGUGUAUAAACCACCCCCAAGCUUAUCACUAUCGUCAUGUGUUGAUAAUAUUUCAGAGUUGACUGGAUCAAAUGAACAAAAAUUCGUAAAAUUGGCAAAAAAAGGUAUUAAAAAACUACAAACUUCACCUUUAAAGCGAAUCAAUGAUUAUUUGAAGAUUGUUGAGAAGAAUCUAAACGAUGCUGAACAAAGUGACAUGCAUAGAGCUCAAAGACCGAUGAUUGUUCACAGCUUAGAUUCAAUUGACUAUUUAAUCAAUAUAUCACACAAUUUGGAUUAUUUUUCACGAAAUUUGGAAAUAAAUCAAUCAACUUCUGGCUUGAAAUCUUUAUUGGAAUCAUCUAUUGACAGUCAGCACACAUUGGCUGAACCAAAUUAUAAUGUAUAUAAAGCAUUCAAAUCCAUAACAAGCAAUCGAACGCAUUUAUCAGAGGCAGAGUUAACAAAUCUUUUACAUGCAUCCGUGACCCACAAAUUUAUGAAUUCCAAAUCAAACAAAGUUUUAUCAUUCAUGAAACUUAUCCCGAAUAUUGAUUUGAGUACAGAUAGAAGUGAUAUUAGCUUUGCUAUACUGUAUGCAUCGGAUGAAAGCGAUGAUAAUAACUCCUUGUUUGACGGAUUACAAAAAAGUAAACACAACGAUGAUAGAGCUUAUGAUAUUGGAGGCUUUAUAGAAAGGCUCGACAAUGGGUUUCAAAUUUAA